CGGUCUGUAACGUGUGAUAGCUGAUUAAAAAUCUAGCUCAUGAUGAGUGAUGCUGAAUUCGAAGGAGACAGUGACCAAGAAGUCUCAGAAAAUCAUUCAAAACUACUUGAAGCUGUCACAGAACUUGAUAAAGGCAAACGCGUGAAAAAACCUGAAAGGAAUGAGCCGAGUCUUGAAGUGUCAGAAUUUCACUUGGUCAAAAGCGGCAUUCGAGAUGGCAAUGCAGUACAUCUUCGAGAACUUGCUAAAACUUUGGGGCAGCGUGCAACCCAUGCAGAAAUUGCUGCUAAGCUCCGAGCUACACAGAAGAAAUCUACGACUCUUCCCAAGCCAUUGGAAAAACCUGCAGCUGCUAGAAUCAAGAGAGCGGUUGGAUUUGAGAACAUCAAAAAAGAUCUAGGGAAAUGGGAUGCUAUUGUGUCAAAGAAUCGGACUGCAGAACAACUGCAUUUCCCAUUGAAACAAACCGACAUGAAGCUCGAGACCUCCAACGAAUUUCUGAAAAGGUUCAAAGUACAAUCAGAACUAGAAAUAGCAUUGGCUGCUCUUGAACCAAUCAAAGAAAAUAAGAAGGAGGAACAAGAAAAUGAGGUACCUCUGAGCUUGGAGCAAAUUAUUGAGCGAAGAAAAGAAGCAGCCCGGUUUAGAGCCCAGCAGUCCUAUAGAGAAGCAAAAGCAUAUCGGCAGAACAAAAUAAAAAGUAAAAAAUUCCAUCGAAUUGAGAGGAAGCAAAAAAUGAAGCAACAACUGAAAGAGUUUGAAGAACUUCAGAAAACUGAUCCCGAAGCUGCACUAGCCAAACUUGAAUUGUUGGAGAAAUCUAGAGCGGAAGAACGCAUGUCUUUGAGGCACAAAAGCACUGGUCAAUGGGCUAAAAACAAACAGAUCAGAGCAAAGUAUGACAAAGAGAGUCGGCAAGUUCUUGCACAACAGCUUUCAAUCAGUAGAGAGUUGACACAGAAGAUUAAAAACAAUGAUAAUGAUGACAAUGACGAUGACGACGAUGAUGAUGAUAAGGGGGAAAACAAGAGCGAUAAGAUCGUGGAGCCUUUGUCUGUAUGGGAUAAGGAGAACCCUUGGAUAAACAAUACUAAAGGUCCUUCAGAGAUUGAUGAGUUUAUCAGCGGCUAUAGGAAAUACUGGGAUGCAAAAAAUAUGCAAGAAAAAUCAAAGCUAUCCAAAGAAAGUCCUCCAGAAAAUGGGCAAUUAGAAAAAGAGCAGAAAAUUGCAGAGACAUUUUUCGUACCGCAAAUGACAGAUCCACCUACAACUUUGAAUCCUGUCGAAGAAGUUAUUGUUGAACAUCCAGAGCUAAUGUUUGAUGUAGAUGAUGAAGGUUUCUCGGAAGACGGAUCCAAUGAUGAUAAUAGAGCCAAAGGAAAAUUAGCUGGUAAAUUACGUGGUCAAGUAAAGGAAUAUCAAAAAAUUGAUCAGAAACUAAAGCAGCUGGAUAACGAAGAGACAAACAAUAAAAAUCAGCUGACGAAAAAAAAGGUUACCAAGGCAGCAGGUACUUCCACAUGGCUGAUAACCCCGUUAGAAGAUUGUGAGGCAUUACAAAACAAAACCACCAAUAAAAAGAAUGAAGAUAUUGACGAUAUAUUCGACACAAUAACUGAUAAGAUGAGCGCAAAGUUCCGCACAAAGUUAAAGAAUUUGAAAACGGACGUGAGUCAAAUAACGAAAAGGAAAACCGUAGCGGAACGUGUAAAAAAUUCUAGUACAGAAUAUGUGCCAGAUCUUAGUUUCAAAAAUCCGAAGCAACGACCAAUUAUUGAUGAGGAAAUGUCGGAAUCGACCAAGCAGAAUCAAUCACAUUUAAAUAACGAAAUGGAUAAGCUCAGGAAAUUAGCCAAUACUGCCACUGAUCUCGGAACUAGACCUAAAGAGGUGGAGAAUGAGAUCGAUCCGCAGAAAUUUAUAAAUAUGAAGCCAAAACAUCUGAAAUCCCAAGUGCCAGAUAUAGUUACAGGAGGCGACGAGGGGCUUGAUAACAGCGAAGAAGAAGAAGAACAAGAUGAAGAGGUGAGGCGGGAUUUAAUCAGCGAAGCUUUUGCUGACGAUGACGUGGUCGAUGAAUUCAGACAAGAGAAAGAGGAACAGAUAAAAAAAUCGCGCCCAGAAGAUUUGGACUUGAGUUUACCAGGCUGGGGUUCAUGGGUUGGCAAAAAUAUUACGGUAUCUUCAAGGAAAAAGCGGAGGUUCAUACUAAAAUUUCCGAAGGAUGCUCCUCGCAAAGAUAAGAAUAAGGGGGACGUUAUUAUCAUUGAGGAAAAGAAUCAAAAGAUAAAAGAACAUCAAGUGAACGAGUUACCUUUCCCCUUUAACAGUGUGAAAGACUUUGAAGCUAGCGUUCGGGCACCCAUAGGCAGGACAUUUGUGCCAGAGAAUGCUCAUCGUAGAUUGAUUCAACCUGCAGUCAAAACUAAACUCGGCAAGAUCAUCGAACCCAUGGACCAGAACUCCUUAGUGGAUACCAAAAACAUGAAAAAUGAUCUAAAACGAAAGAGAGUUUUUGCUAGUAAGAGGGAUAAGGGAGCAAAAAAAAAAUCAACUUAAUCAAUAUCAAUUUCCAUCAUUCUCUCACGUUCCGCAUACAUAUUUGUUACCCUAUAACCGUUGAAUAAUAAAUAUUGUACCUAUC